AUGAAACUAUCAAAAUUUGAAUUAAUACCAAAUGAAGUUUUACUUGAAAUAUUUGAAUAUCUUUCACCAUAUAAUAUAUUUCAAGCAUUUUAUUAUCUUAAUAGACGAUAUAAUGAUUUACUUAUAUCUCUACAUGUUCGUAUUGAUUUAUUAAAUAAAUAUAAGAAGAUUUUUGAUUAUUAUAAUUAUUUUUUAUUUCCUCUUGUACCUUAUAAUAUUAUUUCGUUUCGUUGUGAAGAUAUUUGUGAUCGUUUAAUUUAUCAAAUUCGUUUAUCGGAAUUUAUUUCACUUAAAUAUUUAACUAUUUCCAAUUUAAAUAUUGAAACACUUCAAAUAAUUAUUCCACAAUUAAGUAAAUUACAAAAACUUAUUUAUUUAAAUUUACAAACAAGAAAUAAUAUUAAUAUUGAAAAUGAAAUUAUAUUUCAACGACAAUUACCUUUAAUUCAAACAUGUAUUUUAAAUUUAAAUAAAAAAAUUUCUUUUCAAAAUGAACAUUUUUAUCCAAAUCUUAAAGAUUUAAUAUUAAAUCAAUGUAAUAUCGAAGAUUUAGGUUUAUUUAUUCAAAAUUACACACCUCAACUUCAACAUUUAACAGUUACACUUAUUGAUGGAAAAAUUCCAGAAGAAAUAGAUAAAAUUCAUCAUCUGAAAUCACUUAUUAUUAAUAGUCAUACAAUACCAUUUCAUCGUUUAACAAAUUCGAUAUUUAACUUGUUUCGAGAUUUACAACGAUUAUCAAUUAAUGCAAUGGGUAUUGAGUAUACGAAUGGUAAACAAUGGCAAACACUUUUAUCGAGUAAAUUUCCUCAAUUAAAUUGUUUUCAACUUCGUAUCAUCUUUCCUCAAGAAGAUACACUAACAUCAGAUGAUCGUAUUCAAUUACUUAAAACUUUUGAAACAUCAUAUUUUCGUCAUCAUAAAUGGUAUUUUGCAUUUAUUUAUUGUCCAUCAAUGACAAAUAUUGAAUUCUUUUCAUUACCAAUGAUUAAUAAGAAAAUAGAUGUGAAUUUAUAUAAUACAAGUAUUGAAACAACAAUGAAUGAUGAACAUACUUUUAAAAAUAUUAAAGAACUUUCUUUAAUUUUAACAACUCCAAAUGAAACCUCAUCACCCUUAUUCGAUUCAUGUUUUUUUAAUGUUGAAAAUCUCAAACUUAUAUCAGAAUUUCGAGAAUAUCAGCCAUUUCCAAAAAAUUUAUAUGUUGAUAUUUCUCGUCUUAUAAAAUUUUCUCAUAUAAAAUCAAUGGAAUUGAUUGGAAUGCAUUUUCCAUCAACAAUUCUUAUUUUACUUGAUUAUAUGCCAAAUCUUCAUUCAAUUACAAUUACAUUAAAUCAUCUAAUUAAAAUGACCAAAACAUUAACGGAUAAUAAAAUUUGUCAACAUCUAACAAAAUUAAUUAAACAUUUAACAAUUACGUAA